AUGGUACAUGGGUUGCUGCCGCAAUCCUCAAGGAGCAGGCAGAGUCGGGACAGCGCGAGCUCGCGAAUGGGACACCUGCAGAGGGCUAUCCGAUUUAUCCAAUGUGCACACACGAGGCUGGAGGCCUACUUAGCACUCAAGGACACGAACGCCCAGCUAGCAGCCUCCCAUGCAAUAGCAAUUCAGGAACGCAAUGACUUGCAGCGACAGCUAUAUCAGCGAAACCACGUCGCCGCAAUCGAUGCAUACGCCGACUAUGUCGGCCAGCUUCUCCGUGCGGUCCGGAACAGGGUGCGGACGGCCGUCCGCAACAAGCAAAUAUUGCCAAAGAUUGCAAAGGCCGGGCCCCCACAUGUCAACUUCCUGGCUAGGGGCAUGGCGGGCCUGCGAAAAGAAGCGGUGGCAAUCGCGAAGUGGGCUGUCGACACGAGCGUGGAGAAGAGCGCCAGGCCCAAACCUGGCCGACCGCUUGUCGAGUCGUGGGACGGGGGAGGUGGAGCAGCAGCACCAUCGACGACGACGUACAACGAGAACGAGGAGGCAGAAGAGGUGAAAGAGGCGGAGGAUGAGGAUGAGGAUGAGGAUGAGGAUGAGGAUGAGGACGAGGACGAGGACGAGGACGAGGACGAGGACGAGGACGAGGACGAGGACGAGGACGACGACGACGACGACGACGGACGAGAACAGGGACAAAUAUGA